GCUUUCUCAAACUUCCUCUCUCCACUGAAAAAUUCCUAUUGCCACUUCUCCUGUUUAGGGUUUUUGAUAUUCUCUCCGUUCAUAGCAUAUAUAUAUGGUCGGAAUGAGAGUCCUGCCGGAGGAUUCCGACGUAACGCCGUCGAGAACACUGGCGGCAACCGACUUGAUCUCCGACGAUGAUCGGUCAGUAGCGGCGGACUCGUGGUCGAUAAAGAGUGAGUAUGGAAGUACACUUGAUGAUGAACAACGUCAUGCUGAUGCUACUGAAGCUCUCGCCGCUGUCAAUUGCCGUGCCGCUUCUGAUUACAGUUCUGACAAGGAGGAGCAAGAUGGUGAAGGAGUUUCUUCAAUGCUUGGUUUCCAGAGCUAUUGGGAUUCUGCGUAUGCUGAUGAAUUGGCAAAUUAUCAUGAGCAUGGCCAUGCUGGUGAAGUUUGGUUUGGUGCUGAUGUUAUGGAAAUUGUUGCUUCGUGGACCAAAGCUUUGUGCACUGGCAUUUGUCAAAAUCAUUUGUCAAAUCACGUAGGUGAUGGCGAGCCAGUUGGGCUACCUCAGAAGGACUCAGCUGAUUGGAGUGUGCUUGAUAUUGGGACCGGCAAUGGUCUGCUUCUUCAAGAGUUUGCUAAACAAGGUGUCCGUAUAAUCUCAAAAAGCUUUAAAAUAUGGAACCAAAUAUUAGAAGAGAAGAGGUUCUCAAAUCUCACUGGAACUGACUAUAGUGAAGGAGCAAUUGACCUUGCGCGAAGGCUUGCUGAUCGUGAUAAUUUCACCAAUAUCAAAUUCUUGGUUGAUGACAUUCUUGAAACAAAAUUGGAUACAAUGUUUCGGCUUGUUUUGGACAAGGGGACCUUAGAUGCCAUUGGACUGCAUCCUGAUGGUCCUAUCAAAAGGAUAAUGUACUGGGACUCUCUCUCAAGGAUUGUUGCUCCUGGUGGAUUAUUGGUCAUUACAUCAUGUAAUAGUACGAAAGAUGAAUUGGUAGAAGAAGUGGAAACUCUCAAUCAAAGAAGAAUUGCUGUCGGAAACCAAGAGGCAUCUACAGAUUCCCCUCCAUUCCGCUAUCUUGACCAUGUUCGGACGUAUCCAACAUUCACAUUUGGAGGAUCGGUAGGCUCACGUGUAGCCACCGUAGCAUUCAUAAGGAACUGAAUUGAAUUUUCUGUCCCCUGCAUUAUUUUCAGUUUAUUGACUCUUGUUCCUCCUAUAACUGGGCGUAUGUAUGUAUCAACAGACGGUUCAUCCUUGGAAAGACUCGUGGAAAACUCAGUUUCAGAUUUAUGCAAUGUGGGAGAACUUGAUGUA